UGUAGUUGAUGCAUAUUUUGUUUAAAAUUUCAUUAUUCAGACUAUGGCAACUCCACCUCUAUCUCAGUUGGAAAACACCCCCUCUGAUCCUAAGAAGAAUACUGAAGAUUCAAUAUAUCUGGAAAACAUACAGGAAGAUAAAGGAAGCCCCAGCAAUGAUGCCCGUUCUCCUAUAAGUAAGAUAGAACGUCUGUCAUCUUUUUGUGAAAUUUCAUUGAUGGAAGGGCCAGAGACUGAAGACCCAGUGGUGGAGCAAGAGCUGCAGAAUGUUCCCGAAUUUAGGGACUCGGGGAUCAAGUGGUCAGAGAGAGACACCACAGGGAAAAUAAUUGCUGUCUUCAGAGGGUUCGGAAAAGGGAUCCUCCUCCUGGGAUUUCUCUACUUCUUUGUAUGCUCCUUGGAUGUUCUCGGCAGCGCUUUCCAGCUGGUUGGAGGAAAAAUGGCUGGGAAGAUUUUCCAUGAUGGUUCAGUGUUGAACAACCCCGUGGCUGGCUUGAUGAUUGGCGUGCUGGUGACAGUGCUGGUGCAGAGUUCCAGCACAUCUACGUCCAUCGUUGUCAGCCUAGUAUCCUCUUCAUUGUUGACAGUAAAGGCAGCCAUUCCCAUUAUCAUGGGAGCCAAUAUUGGGACUUCAGUGACCAAUACUAUCGUGGCCCUCAUGGAGGCUGGAGACAGAAAUGAAUUCCGAAGGGCUUUUGCUGGAGCAACUGUCCAUGACUUCUUUAACUGGUUGUCAGUGCUGGUGCUGCUGCCCAUGGAGGUGAUCACAGGCUAUCUCUAUUACCUCUCCGAUGCUAUCGUCAAAACCUUUAAUAUCAAGAGUGGGGAAAAUGCCCCUGAACUCCUGAAAGUCAUCACAAAUCCCUUCACAAAACUCAUUGUCCAGCUGGAUAAAAAAGUCAUAAGUGAAAUUGCUACAGGAAAUGAGGCAGCACAAAACAGGAGCCUGAUAAAGACUUGGUGUAAAACAUUAAAAUAUGUGACAUUAAGCAACGUUACCGUUCCCUCACCAGAAAAUUGUACCUCUCCCAGCUUCUGCUGGACCAAUGGGAACACGACCUGGACCCUCAUGAACAUAACCUAUAAACAGAACAUUGCAAAAUGCAAACACACAUUUGUGGAUGUCAAUCUCUCAGAUGUGAGCAUUGGGCUCAUUCUUCUGACCCUCUCCUUGCUGGUCCUGUGCAUCUGUUUGAUCCUGAUUGUCAAGGUUCUGAACUCUAUGCUCAAGGGACAAAUUGCUGCAAUGAUUAAGAAGACCAUCAAUACAGAUUUUCCUUUUCCUUUUGCCUGGCUGACGGGCUACCUCGCCAUUCUUGUUGGAGCUGGAAUUACGUUUCUCGUGCAGAGCAGCUCUGUGUUCACGUCUGCCAUCACUCCUCUAGUUGGCAUCGGAGUGAUCAGCCUGGAGAGAGCGUACCCCCUGACCCUGGGCUCCAACAUCGGCACCACCACCACGGCCAUCCUGGCUGCUCUGGCCAGUUCUGGAAGCACUUUGGAAGAUUCCCUUCAGAUUGCCCUGUGCCAUUUCUUCUUCAACUUGUCUGGAGUUCUUCUGUGGUACCCAGUCCCGUUCAUGCGCCUGCCGAUCCGUCUUGCCAGGGGCCUGGGGAAUAUCACGGCCACCUACCGUUGGUUCGCCGUCUUCUACCUGAUCAUCUGCUUUUUCCUAGCCCCAGUGACAGUGCUUGGGCUUUCCCUGGCAGGUUGGACUGUGCUGGUGGGCGUAGGGGCACCCAUCCUAUUUCUGUUGCUGGUGAUCUUUGUGAUUUGUGUCCUCCAAGCCCGCUGCCCCCACGUUCUCCCUGACAUGCUGAAAACCUGGGAGUUCUUGCCCUUGUGGAUGCGCUCCCUUAAGCCCUGGGAUGGGCUGGUGUCCCUCCUGACAUGCAGCUGCUGCCGAUCCAACUGGUCCCAGAUGUUCAGCUGCUGCUGGUCAUGCUGCAGGCUGACCAGAUGCUGCAGGACAUGCAGGAAAUGUCCAGAAUUGGAUGAAGAUCAGGAAAAGAGAAAUAAAAUCCCCCUCCGGAGCCUCUGAGGGACAUAAGGAAACUGCAGUAACAAAUAUGGAAUUCCAAGCCAGGCAUCCAGACACAGGAGUAAAGCUAAAAAAACCAGGAAGCAUGGGGGGGAACCCUUGAGUUAUCCUGGCAGCUCAGAAGCCUUUGUUUCGGCUCUACAUGAGGAAGACCACUUUUUACAUUCAUUUUACCAAGUACAUACCUUUUUUCCCCUUUGAUUCCCACUCAUUCCCUCCCACCUAAUUCCAGCUAACUGGUCUUUCCCAACAAUUUCCCAUUUCCAAAGAAUAUGUAGGAAAGGGGCUCCUGGGCUGAGGAAGAACAAGCAGCCCAUUCCUAAA